AGAUGCACAGCGGAGCUUACCAGUCCUCGUCUCCUCCAAAAAUCUCAUCAGACGACAUCCCUAGACAGGAAUGGUUAGAAAGAGAGAGAUUGCAUCUCCACGCAAUUUAAUGAUGGAUUUUAUUUUUACAAAUCUUCCUAUGGGUUUCUUGCCUUGAUCCAUCCUCUUCCCGCCGAGAUCGUAUGGAGACUUUCUCCCGAUUAUGAAUUUGAUCAACCCAUAUUUGGACGGGAACCCAUAGAGUUUUUAAAGGAGCUUAAAAUUGAGUCGUCAGAGAAAUAUUAGGACAUAUUUUCAAUCAUUUUGGUGCCAAAGGGGAGCCAAGAGCUCAGUUUUAUAUUGAGACAUUACGCCGGCUGAAGGCAGAGAAUGUUUUUCCCUGCCAGGACCUGAUGCAAUCCAUUCAAGCCAACAAGUUUGGAGAGAAUGUUGAGUUCAAUCAAUUCAGAACGUCGAGAUGGAGCCCAACUCACUCCAGUGGGUCGGCUCACCGUGUGGCUUGCACGGACCUUACAUUUUCUACAAGGCUUUUCAAUUCCACCUUGAAGGCAAACCAAGAAUUUUGUCCCUUGGCGACUUUUUCUUUGUAAGAUGUACGCCAAAGGAUCCGAUUUGCAUAGCGGAGCUCCAGCUGUUGUGGGAAGAGAGGACCAGCCGGCAACUUUUAUCCAGCUCUAAACUUUAUUUCCUCCCAGAAGACACUCCCCAGGGCAGAAAUAGCGACCAUGGCGAGGAUGAAGUCAUUGCUGUUUCCGAAAAAGUGAUUGUGAAGCUUGAAGACCUGGUCAAGUGGGUACAUUCUGAUUUCUCCAAGUGGAGAUGUGGUCUCCAAGCUGGGCCAGUGAAAACGGAGGCUCUGGGAAGGAAUGGACAGAAGGAAGCGCUACUGAAAUAUAGGCAGUCAACCCUGAACAGCGGGCUCAACUUCAAAGACGUUCUCAAGGAAAAGGCUGACCUGGGGGAGGAUGAGGAAGAGACCAACGUGAUCGUUCUCAGCUAUCCCCAGUACUGCCGCUACCGCUCUAUGCUGAAACGUAUCCAGGAUGAGCCGUCGUCCCUUCUGACGGACCAGUUUGCAUUAGCCCUGGGCGGCAUCGCUGUCGUCAGCAGGAACCCUCAGAUCCUGUACUGUCGGGACACCUUUGACCACCCUACUCUCAUAGAAAACGAGAGUAUAUGCGAUGAGUUUGCGCCAAAUCUUAAAGGCAGACCACGCAAAAAGAAAGCAUGCCCACAAAGAAGAGAUUCAUUCAGUGGUGUUAAAGAUUCCAACAAUAAUUCUGAUGGCAAAGCCGUUGUCAAGGUGAAAUGUGAGGGCAGGUCAGCCUUGACCAAGCCGAAGAAUAACCAUAAUAACUGUAAAAAAGUCUCAAAUGAAGAAAAACCAAAGCUUGCCAUUGGUGAAGAGUGCAGGGCAGACGAACAGGCCUUCUUGGUGGCACUUUAUAAAUACAUGAAAGAAAGAAAAACGCCGAUAGAACGAAUACCCUAUUUAGGUUUUAAACAGAUUAACCUUUGGACUAUGUUUCAAGCUGCUCAAAAACUGGGAGGAUAUGAAACAAUAACAGCCCGCCGUCAAUGGAAACAUAUUUAUGAUGAAUUAGGAGGUAAUCCUGGGAGCACCAGCGCCGCCACCUGUACACGCAGACACUACGAAAGAUUAAUCCUACCAUAUGAAAGGUUUAUUAAAGGAGAGGAAGAUAAGCCCCUGCCUCCAAUCAAACCUCGGAAACAGGAGAACAGUUCACAGGAAAAUGAGAAUAAAACAAAAGUAUCAGGAACCAAACGCAUCAAACAUGAAAUGCCUAAGAGCAAGAAAGAAAAAGAGAAUGCCCCAAAGCCCCAAGAUGCAUCAGAGGUUUCAUCAGAGCAAGAGAAAGAACAAGAGACUUUAAGCCAGAAAAACAUCCCUGAGCCUCCUGCAGCAACAGAUAUAAAGAAAAAAGUGGAAGGGUACCAGGAUUUUACGGUGAGGCCCCCGGUGUCCAGAGCAGACCCAGAAAAGGACCCUGAAACAGAUCAAGGUUCCAACAGUGAGAAGGCAGCGGAGGAGGCGGGAGAGAAGGCACCCGCACCUCCCCCCGCAAGUGUUCCUCUGGCUGCUGAGAGGGAUCCCCCUGUGGUCCCUGGGGCUGGUAAACAGUCACUCGCCUCUCCCAAUAACCUGGUGGACUCCAAACAAGAAUCCAAACCCUGCUGUUUUACAGAGAGCCUUGAUAAUGACCUCCAGGAAGGGUCCUUUCCCAGCUACCCCACCUCGCAGCCACCACCGGCAAACCAGAACGAGAUGGAGGAUGACAAACUGCCCGCAAUGGCGGAUUACAUAGCCAACUGCACCGUGAAGGUGGACCAGCUGGGCAGUAACGACAUCCACACUGCUCUCAAACAGACCCCAAAGGUCCUGGUGGUCCAGUCAUUUGACAUGUUCAAAGACAAAGACCUGACUGGGCCCAUGAACGAAAACCACGGACUCAACUACACGCCCUUGCUCUAUUCAAGGGGCAACCCAGGCAUCAUGUCCCCACUGGCCAAGAAAAAGCUUUUGUCGCAGGUGAGUGGGGCCAGCCUCUCCAGCAGCUACCCCUACGGCUCCCCACCCCCUUUGAUCAGCAAAAAGAAACUGAUUGCUAGGGAUGACUUGUGUUCAGGUUUGUCCCAGGCCCACCACGGCCAGAGCACCGACCACAUGGCAGUCAGCCGACCAUCAGUGAUUCAGCAUGUCCAGAGUUUCAAAAGCAAGCCCUCGGAAGACAGGAAGAGCAUCAAUGACAUUUUUAAGCAUGAGAAGUUGGGUCGAUCUGAACCCCACCGCUGCAGCUUCUCCAAGCAUCACCUUAACCCCCUUGCAGACUCGUAUGUCCUGAAGCAAGAAAUUCAGGAGGGCAAGGAUAAACUGUUAGAGAAAAGGACAGUCCCCCACGCCCACAUGCCUAGCUUCCUGGCAGACUUCUAUUCCUCCCCUCAUCUCCACAGCCUCUACAGACACACCGAACACCACCUUCAUAAUGAGCAGACAUCCAAGUACCCUUCCAGGGACAUGUACAGAGAGUCAGAAAACAGUUCUUUUCCUUCCCACAAACACCAAGAAAAGCUUCAUGUAAAUUAUCUCGCGUCUCUGCACCUGCAAGAUAAAAAGUCAGCUGCAGCAGAAGCCCCUACGGAUGAUCAGCCGACGGAUCUGAGCCUUCCCAAGAACCUGCACAAACCCACUGGCAAGGUCUUGGGCCUGGCCCACUCAGCCACAGGGCCCCAGGAGAGCAAAAGUGUCUCCCAGUUCCAGGUCAUAAGCAGCCAGAGUCGAGACUGUCACCCCAAAGCCUGUCGGGUAUCGCCCAUGACCAUGUCGGCCCCUAAAAAAUACCCCGAAUCACUCUCAAGAUCAGGAAAAUCCCACCAUGUGAGACUAGAGAAUUUCAGGAAGAUGGAAGGCAUGGUGCACCCCAUCCUGCACCGGAAAAUGAGCCCACAGAACAUCGGUGCAGCACGGCCAAUAAAACGCAGCCUGGAGGAUUUGGACCUUGUGAUUGCUGGGAAGAAGGCCCGGGCUGUGUCUCCCCUGGACCCAUCCAAGGAGGUCUCUGUGAAGGAGAAGGCCUCUGAGCAGGAGAGCGAAGGCAGCAAGGCAGUGCACGGUGGGCAUCCCGGGGGCGGAUCGGAAGGCCACAAGCCUCCCCUCUCCUCCCCUAUCUUCCCAGGUCUGUAUUCUGGGAGCCUGUGUAAUUCAGGUCUCAAUUCCAGGGUCCCAGCUGGGUAUUCUCAUUCUCUGCAGUACUUGAAAAACCAGACUGUGCUUUCUCCGCUCAUGCAACCCCUGGCUUUCCACUCGCUUGUGAUGCAAAGAGGAAUUUUUACAUCGCCAGCAAAUUCUCAGCAGCUAUACAGACACUUGGCUGCGGCCACACCGGUAGGAAGUUCAUAUGGGGACCUUUUGCACAACAGCAUUUACCCUUUAGCUGCUAUAAAUCCUCAAGCUGCCUUUCCAUCUUCCCAGCUGUCAUCUGUACACCCCAGUACAAAACUCUAGGCCCAGCUCUGCCCAGCAGCCCAAAGCACAGGGCUAACAGCUUCACGUUUUUCCCUUGGAGUGAUGGCUUAUAGAAUUAGAAGUCAGUAUUUCUUCUCCCCUGGGGGUACGAUCAGUCCCAGAUGUAGGGACUGAGAGGGCAGGCAAACAUGCCUGAUUUUUCUGGGACAACUCCAGCCUUGGCUGGUCGGUCUUGACCCCCUUCUAGCACAGAUGGAUGUCCGGGUACCUCCAGAUCAUUCACUUUGCAUGUGGGCCUUGUGAGGGAUUUGUGUAUAACUGGGAAGAACUUAGAGGACCCCAUCUGAGUUUGGGGUUGCCAGGAAACAACGUAGGCAAAAAAAAAAAAGAAAAGAAAAGAAAAAAAGGGGUCAGGCAUUUCAAAGGAAGGAGCAAGGAAGACCGGCAAACAUGAGCCAAGGGAUGCCCCUCUUUUCUUAAAACUCUCCAAGGUUCAAUCAAUGCAAUGUAUAGUGAAACUUCAAUAGAUCCUUCAUUUUGACACUAUUAAACAAUCCAGAGAAGUAAACACUGUUUAAUUGACUGUAUAUAUUUGCUUCUUAAAACUACCCAUAUCACUGUUUGCUCACCUAAUUUAUAUACAGGUAGUUCCAUUUUCUCCCAGUUCCUUCUUGUCUUUUUUUUUUUUUUAAUUAAACAGUACCACUUUUGUUGGCAGGUCUUUUUUUGUUUUUGUUUUGUUUUAAAGGCUGACUGACUGUCGUAGUUGUUGAUGUGUGUCUGUAAUUUUUCCACAUCUUAUUUUGAGCAGCUUUUGGGUGGUAAAGUUAUUGUUUACAAAUUGAAGCAACUGAUUCAGUGGAACAAAUGGAAAAAAAAAAAAAGAAAAGAAAUAGUCGAGCAUACACAAUAGUGCAAAGAACGUUCCUUUGCAGAUCGGCAACUUAAGGAUUUUGUUCCUCAUAAAUGGCAUAGUUGAAAGAGCUUAUACACUGCUUGCCCAGCCAAAUGCUUUGCUUUGAAGUAUUGGGUUAUGUGAAAAUAUUGAGCAUUGUACUUACCUUAUCUAGGCUGUGAAACUGUCCUACAUACCAGAGGAAUCAUAAAAACAAAAACCUCACUGGCAGCGAGCUGCCGAAUAACAACAGAGUCUAGAGGACAUAUUUGUGGGCUGCACAGAUAUUUUAGGAAUUUCAGAAAUUAGAACAGGAGCCAAAGUGAUUUACAUUGGUGUUGGCACUGAUCCCUGUAAACGGUCUGGGAAAGGGGGUCGGGAAGAGGAUGGAGCUCAGCCAUCCGGAGAGGAGGAGCAGCUGAAGGCCUGAUAGCUUCUCUAGGCCUCUGUCUUUUGAGUAAUAAGUAGUCAUACUGCUUUCAUCAAGUUGGUUUCUUGUCAUUCCCAAGAAGAAUCUCCCAGGCCGCCUCCUUGGGGAUACUUGGAAUACUGAACUAGCCAUUUCAAAAGAAAGCCAUCCUCCUCGUUGGGUUUAUGAGGCACAAGUUUCGUGUGUAUGUGCUCACAGAAGGUGGUUUGUGUCUUGUUUUUAACCACCUGCCCAUACAGUCUGCUUUAUGAUUUCUUUUAUUGUUGGAAAUAAAUGAUCACACUGUUCAAGCAGUCAAAAGAUGUCGAGAAUGCCUAUUGUUCAUUCUUGCCACUUGAUUCCAUUGGCUACCAGGAUGUACCAUCAGGGUGGAGAGUGGAUUUUCUUCCCAAAUUCCAUUCCUUGCUGAAGACUGCUUGGAUGAACUCCCCCGGCCACUCUCCCCCUCCCACAACACUACCAGUAGACUUUAGAACCAUAGUUAAUCCGAGUCUUUUACCUCUGAGAUAUUUAAUUCUAUGGAAGUUGAUAACAAUUUUCAACUUCUAAAUAGGUAACUCAACUGCAAAAUAAUCAAAACUGAUAACAGUGAAACUGCGGCUCUUAAACCAAGCCACGCAUGCCAUGCAUUUGUAUUGAGAUGUCUCCAUGAUAUGAAGCCAAAUAUUCAAUGUAACAUACUUAAUAUCCAAAGGUGGAAACAGAAGAAUGUAGAGAUGCAGUGUUAAGAGUUCCAUUUGCUUCAAUUAAUUAUUUACCUUUCCUGUGGAAUAAUAUAUAUAUAUAUAUUUAAUAGAACCAUAGAUAGAGUAGUAGAAUUUAGAUUAUAAAUGUGUGAGCGCAGAUUAUCCUGCUAUUGCACAAGAUGGGGGAGGGGCAGGGAACGUUUCAAAUUCCAGCUGGCAAAAUGUUAGCCAGGACACGUAUAAGAAAGUUGCACUAGAUGGAAUGGACACAGAAUUGGACAACAUGGAAGAAAAAGGAGACUUCAGUGGUCCUGCAGCCGACAUGGGCUAGAUCGGACAUGGUUUCUGUGAGUUCAUUUCUCAAAAAAAAGAAAAAAAAAAAAAAAAGGGAGCUGUCUGUGCCCAGGGGAGGUCACCUAUCUAUUUGUAAUAUGGGGCAUUUGUUUUCCCCACUGCAGUGAUUUCAGUCUGGUUUCAUCAUGUUGGAAUUCGAUCACACCAUUUUCAAACAAUGUUAACAUAGUCCAGCUUUUGUUUUUCUCAUCUCUUCCGAGAGGAGACUCACUGUUUCUGUCUGAGGAAGCUCAUACCCUCGGCAGAACAUCAGGACGAAUAAAGGGAAAUGGGGGUAUACAUUCCCAACAGAAGCAGUGUGUUGUUUUAAAACUCUGACCAGAGAUCUUGGAAAUCUUUCAAAAAGACCAUUGAAUUCUUCAUUGGCUGAGAACGACGUUUUAAAAAGUCUUAAAUAGGGCUUUGUUUGCAUUGUUUGAGUUCAAGGGGCCUUAUUAUUGAAUGGAAUUGCACAAGCCUUUCUUUGUGCAAUCAAACCAUUGUUAUUGGUAGUGCUGUAAAGGAAACUGUGGAAUCGAAUUGGCAGUGGAGUCAUAAAUCUAUUGACUAAGUGUGGCUUCCAAGAAAUGUUGCAAUUCAAAAUGCACUCAAGUCCAUGAUUAUCGGAGAUUUGGAGAUUCUAAAUAAUAUUUUUAAAAAAACUUUCCAUGCAACUUCUGGCUUAACUUUUGGCAACGAAAUAUUUUUAAAAAAAGAAAGAAAGAAAAACAACCCAACCAAGUUUUGGAAUUAAGUAUUCUCCUAGUAAGUGAUUCGAACUUGUAAUAUUUGCCACAGGACUGACUUAUUUAUUUACUAGCUAGAAGCUCUUAAGUUCACUAGUUUAUCAGGGCAUAUACAGAAGGGUUUGUUAAAACUCAAUGUGGACUUUACAACUUUCUGACCUGGUGCAUGAAUUCUCAAGUACUGUAUUUCACUGUGUUGGUGUGUCUGAUGGAAAUUUCGAGGUGGUCCCACAAAAAUAUUUUAUGUAGUGUGCCUUCAAAGAGAACCAUUUCUUUCUCUUCUUCACUUAAUGUCCCACAAAGUCACAUUUGGUGGUGGUCAGCCAAGUCUCAUCUGGUCUAGUUUUACUCUUGUCCCAAUUUUAAAGAGAAAUGGGAACGAUUUCACCCUGGUGAGACCCACACCAUUGCUAUGAUUAUCUCGAGCACUUAGAAGUCCAGUGUUGGCUAUUGGUGUAUUUGAUAUUCUGCUUGUCUCCCCAUGGUUGAAAUAUGUCUGAAGAAUAGCAGCAUAAUCUCUUGGCUGUUUAUACUUUUUUAAAUUUUCCUGUGUUGUAAAUAUUGUAUACUUUUUGGUGAUUCCAGCUAUGUAACCUCUAUGCUCUGUAAGGUGAUUAUUUGUAUAUAGCAACAUGGCCCAGUGAUAUUAUAUAGUUUCCCAAUGGAGAGGUUAUUGAGUAACCUUUGCAUUAGUUUAAACACUACCAGAAGAAUGCUGAGCCAACUAUAAACACUCAAUUUUGUAUGUUUUCCAAAUUGUACUUAUUACUGCUUUUGAUACUGUAUUACGUGCCAAUAGUUUCCCAAUCACAUAGCAGGCAAGAGAUAUUUUGUACUUUUUGAUCCACUGUAAUAUUUAAUAAAAAAUGUUACUAUCUGUU